CGUGAUUUGCAGCGUGACUGUAGGUGGUUACACGCACUGAUUGAUUCUUGUCUUCCUCGCCACAGUUCCUCUCUGGCUCUCGCUCUCUAUAAGCUCUCUCUCUCUCAACCACCGUCCACAGCAAUUCAAAUCGAAGCAAGCAAUCAAAGCAAAAGUCUGAGACUCAGAGAGAGAGAGAGAGAGAUCUGUAGGCUUCACCGAGAGACAGAGAAUGAGGGAACCACAGGGUGUGGUGGGGAUUGAGAGCAACAACUACGCAACGUCGCCACCGCAGGCUCUGCUGGAGAGGCUCAAGGACUACGGCCAGGAGGACGCUUUUGCCCUCUGGGACGAGCUCUCUCCUGAGGAACGCGACCUUCUCGUCAAGGAAAUCGAGAACUUGGAUCUUCCAAGGAUCGAUCGGAUCAUUAGAUGCUCGGUUCAAUCUCAAGGGCUACCAGCAGCGGCGAUAGAGCCCGUGCCGGAGAGCAGUGUCUCGACGGUGGAGGAACGAACACUUGAACAGAGAGAGCGAUGGUGGAAGAUGGGUUUGAAGGCCAUCUCGGACGGAAAAUUGGCCGUCUUGCUUUUAUCUGGUGGCCAGGGAACUAGGCUCGGAAGUUCAGAUCCAAAAGGGUGUUUCAACAUUGGGCUUCCAUCUGGCAAAUCACUUUUUCAGCUUCAAGCUGAGCGGAUUUUAUGUGUUCAAAGACUCGCUGCCCAAGCUACAAGUGAGGCUUCUGCUGGAUCAGUGCAACUACAUUGGUAUAUAAUGACCAGUCCAUUUACCGAUGAUGCCACACGCAAAUUUUUUGAAAGUCAUAAAUUCUUUGGUCUAGAAGCUGAUCAAGUCACCUUCUUUCAGCAAGGCACCAUACCUUGUGUUUCAAAAGAUGGUAGAUUUAUUAUGGAGACUCCAUACAAAGUGUCUAAGGCUCCAGAUGGGAAUGGAGGAGUAUAUUCAGCUCUAAAAUCUUCAAGAUUGUUAGAAGAUAUGGCCACGAGAGGGAUUAAAUACUUGGAUUGCUAUGGAGUUGACAAUGCACUGGUCCGUGUAGCUGAUCCUACUUUCUUGGGUUAUUUCAUUGAUAAAGGUGUAGCUGCUGCUGCAAAAGUUGUUCGUAAGGCAUAUCCCCAAGAAAAGGUUGGUGUGUUUGUGAGGCGCGGUAAAGGUGGACCUCUUACUGUAGUUGAAUAUAGUGAGUUAGACUCAUCACUGGCUUCUGCAAUAAAUCAGCAGACUGGACGUCUUCGAUUUUGUUGGAGUAAUGUGUGCUUACACAUGUUUAGCUUGGAUUUUCUAAACCAAGUGGCAAAUGGCCUUGAGAAAGACAGCAUUUACCAUCUUGCUGAGAAGAAAAUUCCUUCUAUACAUGGACAUACGAUGGGAUUAAAACUAGAGCAGUUUAUUUUUGAUGCAUUUCCUUAUGCUCCUUCAACUGCACUUUUUGAGGUAAUACGGGAAGAGGAGUUUGCACCUGUAAAAAAUGCCAACGGGUCAAAUUUUGACACCCCGGAUAGUGCUAGGCUUCUUGUUCUCCGGCUCCAUAGUCGUUGGGUAGUUGCUGCAGGUGGCUUCUUAACACAUUCGGUACCCUUAUAUGCAACUGGUGUGGAGGUAUCACCACUAUGUUCUUAUGCUGGAGAAAACCUAGAAGCUAUAUGCCGCGGAAGAACAUUUCAUGCGCCUUGCGAGAUUUCAUUUUAGUUUUGAAGCAGAACCUCUAAUCCAUACACACAUUUCAACCAUGGAUUAGAGGUUUUGGGAUAUCUGAAAUAUGUCAGGACUGAUUCUAUUACUUCAAAUAUAUGUUGUGCAUUUUAUCCUUGAGCUGUGAUGCCCCUUGAUAUUCAAUUAUGGUUGUUUAUCUGCAAGUGAAGACCUUUUUGAACCUGAAUGGGAAAUUCAAGGCUCAAUUUUGAUCUCAAAUUGUUAAUGCUUGUUUUUCGGGCAUCAUUUUUAUGGUGAAUUGUUGCAUGAAAGGAGUAUACUUGAUAUAUCAGAAACUUGAGCAUUUGAACUGUGGAUGAUGUAUAUGUUAGAUCAUGUUUGUUGAA